GGCGAUUUGGUCAAUUGAUGUUGUCCUUCGUCUAUCCGCAACUGUGGAGCUCGGUGACAGUCCCUCGCAACACUCCCCCUUUCAGCCGGGCCGGCCAGCUUCCCGGCAUUAAAUGGCCGUCGCCGUGCCGAGUCAGGCCGCCCACCCGGCCGUCAACGGCCGCAUACGUCCCGCGCCAGCUCUGGUGAGCUCGCGGCCCACUCGCCGCAUCGCCAUCGUCCUCUGCAAGAAGGCCAGCAACGAGUCGGCGCUGGAGGAGACAAAGUCCGGGUUCGUCGACUACGACAAGGGCCAGCACGCGGUGUCGACUCAGAUCAGCGGGUUCAGGAAGAAGGACAUACCUCGACGGUACAGGCUGCGGGUGGAACAUGACCGCUUCCAGAAGGAUUGGAGCGUGUCGGAAGUAGCUGAGAAGGUUCUGAAGCUGAGGCAUUGGGAGGAUAUUCAUGGGGUGUUGAAUCGCUGGGUCGGUCGAUUCGCUAGGAAGAACUUUCCUCUUCUUAUCAAGGAGAUAACAGACGGUGGCUCUCUCGAGCAAAGUGAUGAAGUCUUCAAAUGGAUGAAGAAUCAAAGGAAUUAUUGCGCUCGGAAGGAUAUUUACAAUAUGAUGAUAAGGUUGCACGCAAGACAUAACCGAACCGACCAGGCUCGUGGGUUGUUCUUUGAAAUGCAAAAAUGGAGAUGCAAACCGGACGCUGAAACUUACAAUGCUCUCAUUAAUGCACAUGGACGAGUUGGUCAGUGGCGUUGGGCUAUGAAUAUCAUGGAUGACAUGCUGCGUGCAGCCAUUCCUCCGAGCAGAUCUACUUACAACAACCUGAUCAAUGCUUGUGGAUCCAGUGGAAAUUGGAGGGAGGCCCUUAAAGUGUGUAAGAAAAUGACCGAAAAUGGCGUUGGCCCUGAUCUUGUGACUCACAAUAUUGUUUUAUCUGCCUACAAGACUGGGGGUCAGUAUUCGAAAGCUCUUUCCUAUUAUGAAUUGAUGAAGGGAACAAAUGUUCGUCCUGACACUACUACCCUAAACAUUGUCAUACAUUGCUUGGCGAAGCUUGAACAAUUUGGAAAAGCUGUUGAUGUCUUUAAUUCCAUGAGGGCAAAGAGAUCAGAAUGCCGUCCUGACAUUGUGACAUUCACUACCAUCAUUCACAUGUAUUCGCAGUGCGGUCAGAUUGAAAGUUGCAAGGCUGCUUUCAAUACGAUGCUCGCAGAGGGAAUGAAACCUAAUAUUGUAUCCUACAAUACACUAAUGGGUGCAUAUUCUAAGCAUGGAAUGAGUGAGGAGGCAUAUUCUGUGUUUAGUGACAUAAAACGUGCUGGUCUUCGACCAGAUGUUGUAUCUUAUACUUCCCUACUCAAUGCUUAUGGAAGAUCACAGCAACCGCAAAAGGCCCGUGAUGUAUUUGAGAUGAUGAAGAGAAACAAAUGGAAGCCAAAUCUUGUGAGCUACAAUGCUCUGAUUGAUGCUUACGGAUCUAGUAGUAUGCUAGCAGAAGCUGUUCAUGUAUUGCGGGAAAUGGAACAAGAAGGUAUCCAGCCCAACAUUGUCUCUAUAUGCACUCUUCUAGCUGCUUGUGGGCGCUGUAGAAAAAAAGCGAAGAUCGACACUGUGCUCUCAGCGGCUGAGAUGAGAGGAAUAGAAUUGAAUACUGUUGCAUAUAAUUCGGCAGUUGGAAGCUAUAUGAAUGUUGGGGAGUUUGAGAAAGCCCUCAACCUGUUUGGAUCUAUGAAGAAAAAGAAAGUAAAACCAGAUCCUGUUACCUACACUGUGCUGAUAAGUGGGUGUUGUAAGAUGUCAAAAUAUGCUGAGGCACUUGAGUUUCUUGAUGAAAUGAUGGUUGCAAGAGUUCCUCUAACUAAGGAGGUAUAUUCAUCGGCAAUAUGCGCCUACAGCAAACAGGGAAAACUCGCAGAAGCAGAAUCUAUGUUCACUGCGAUGAAGACAGCUGGUUGCUCUCCUGAUGUUGUUACUUAUACCACGAUGCUGCAUGCUUACAAUGCUGCUGAAAAUUGGGAGCAAGCUUGUCUGUUAUAUCAAGAAAUGGAAACUAACAACGUUAUGCCAGACAUCAUUGCAUACUCUGCUCUAAUGAAAUCUUUUAAUAGAGGAGGACAACCAUCUAAGGUUCUUGUUCUGGCACAAUCUAUGAGGGAGAAAGAUAUCGCUUUCACUGAGGCUACCUUCUUUGAGAUGGUGUCAGCUUGUAGCAUUUUACGAGAUUGGAGGAGUGCAGUUGAUAUCAUUGGACUCAUGGAGUCUUCUCUGUCGACAAUGUCCAUUGGUCUUCUGAAUCAUCUUUUGCAUUUCUUGGGCAGAAGUGGGAAAACUGAGAUAAUGAUGAAGUUGUUUUACAAGAUAGUGGGAUCUGGUGCUGAAAUCAACGUUAGUACCUACUCGAUUCUGUUGAAGAAUCUUUUGGCUUUGGGAAAUUGGAGGAAAUAUAUUGAGGUGUUGCAGUGGAUGGGGGAUUCAGGCAUGCAGCCUUCAAAUGGUAUGUACAGAGACAUAUAUUCAUUUGCUCAGAGGAGUGCUGGAGCUGAAAACGCGACUAUAAUAUACAACAGAAUCGAUUAAAGACCCCCUGUUUAAAGAUCCUAAUAACGGUUUAUACUAUUCUGCAGAGGAGUUGAAAAGGAAGAACAGCAACCAAGUAGUUUUAGCAUAGUUCUGCAACUUCCAUUCUCACCCAUUACUGAUGGAACAAAAGCUCCUAGUCAUGAAGUCAUGCUUAGACCUUAUGCAAUACAUCAGGUUUUCUCUUGUUCUGUGGAUGUUCUAUAGUUUGAAGCUCCGGAAGCUGGAAUUUAUCAUCGUUGCCAUUCAUCUGGACAUUGUAGGAGGACAAAGAUGAAACGGGUCAAAGCAGCUUGGGAAGCAUGCAAUCACCAACUUGCACGCAACAGCGAAGACCGAAUAGUAACAGUUCCAUUCUAUUGAGGGAGUACCGAUUCUGUCGGGCAAGACUUAACUAUGCAGAAUGGACUAACAUUCGAACGGCAGAAGAUUGGUCAUCAGUCAAUGUUCUGUAGACAGAUGAAGCGAAAGUUUCAGGCGUAAUGUGCUCAUUCUAGUCGAGCUCCCUAUAUUGGCUUUGGCUCUCUCAAAGGUUACCUUCCUCUCUCGACGUAUAAACCCGUCAUAUGGCUCCUGAUAACUUGAGGGAAAAUUCAAUCAAUGCAUAGUGUAGUCUGAGACUUCCGGAAGUAAUCCCGCUCGCUUAAACCAUUGGCAUUCGCUCAUCUUGAAUAUCUUCAUUUCGAGUUUUUCAAUGUUUCAA